UGCACACGAACCAUCCUCUAGUCUACCGCAAGCGCUUGCAAUGUCCGAAGAAAAACACCUCUACGCGAUACACUGCCUGGAUGAUCAGUCUUGUGGCAAGGCAGAUGGAGAACCUCGAGGAGGCUCGGCCAAGCGGAUGGGAAAUUAUCCUGCGCACAAGGAAUACCAGGCGGCGACGGCAAACCCGGAAGAUCCACGGUUCAUCAACAAGGUGUCGGCGGGGCCGUUGGUCGACGAAGUCGACGACUACAUGAUCGGUAGUUUCUUCUUGGUGGCGGCCACACGAGAGGAAGCUCAGAAAUUUGUGGACAACGACCCUUUCAAGAAGGAAGGCGUUUGGAGUACAAUCAGCUUGGAGCGUUACGUGUCGGUUGUCGGGGUCAAGCCGCAUUCCGGUAACUUGUGACUUAGAGGUUGUCCGUGAAUCGGCGAGUCUGCCGGCCCUCCCUUCUAGCCUUGCAGCCCUUGCACCCCGUCCGCGAACGCCACCGCGUUCCAGUGUUGGACUUUGUUACUGGUGUAGCCUCGACAUUGUUAUUUAGGGGCAUCCACGCGACACGUUUGCGCUUCUUGCAAAUACAUGCAGAUUUUCCUGUAAGCGCCUACCUUGUCCAUCCGUACAGACGUAAGCUACACCUGGGGAAAUGCCCUCGCUGAAGCAACACUCAGAUGGGGAGACGCCGCACGUCUUUCCCGUGAGAGCACACAGGUGGACAUUUAGCACCAGCGUACGUGUGGCUAUCAACAAAGUACGCAGAGUAGGACCGGAUGGAGGCAGAAGGAGGACGGCGUUUUUGCCCCCAAGUGGGUGGUGUGUUGGCUGUUCGAAUGAAUCCCCCCUGUGAUGUGAGUUACGCUCUCCCUUCCUGGUGUAGCCUAGGUACGUAUUGGUCUCACCAUGUGGUGGGCAACGGUAUGGCCUCGAGCAGAAUUGCUCUAGUCGCGCUCCAAUGUUGUUUUCCGGUGUGGUAUGUGGCUGUGGCAUUAGCGAGGGAUUUAUGGCAGGUAUUGGGAGUCUUGGAAUGAGUAAUUUUUUUGAGCCUG